GCUAGGAACAGAAGUAAUUUCUUGGAUUAAGAGAGGAGCGAACACUUUCAAGCCAUCAAAGCCAAGCAAACAAGAGAAAAAUGGUGUCUACGUGCCGACAAACCCUGGGCAUUUCUCUAGGCAUGAUUGGUUUCAUCGGAGCUAUUGUGAUUUGUGUCCUUCCUAUGUGGAAGGUGACCGCAUUCAUUGGUUAUAAUAUUGUGACUGCACAGGUUUUCUGGGAAGGCUUGUGGAUGAACUGUGUGGUACAAAGCACAGGACAAAUGCAGUGCAAAAUCUACGACUCCCUCUUGGCCUUACCUCAGGACUUGCAGGCUGCUCGGGCACUUGUGAUCAUCGCCAUCAUUGUGUGCGUCUUUGGGAUCAUCCUGGGAAUUGCCGGUGGAAAAUGUACCAGCUUUGUUGAGGGUGAAAGCACAAAGGUGAAGGUGGCUAUUGCUAGUGGUGUAAUCUUCAUCAUCGCUGGAGUGCUGGUUCUGGUCCCCGUCUGUUGGUCAGCUAACACCAUCAUCAGGGAUUUCUACAACCCCUCGGUCACAGAUGCCCAAAGAAGGGAGAUGGGACCUUCUCUCUAUAUUGGAUUUGGUGCAGCUGCACUGCUGAUCCUGGGAGGAGGUAUACUGUGCAGCUCCUGCCCACCUAAGGAGGAGGACAACUACGGUGUCAAGUACUCUCAGCCACGGUCCGUUGCCACCAGCAAAGCCUACGUCUGAAAGAGAUCAAGCACACUAAGACUCUUUUUCUCCUCGUAAAACCUCUUUAUCCCCACCUAUGGACUUUUUUUUCCCAAGGAGAAACAGUAGAAGGACAGUGUCUGAUAUGACAUAUAGUUAGCAUACUGAGGUUUAGUGAUGUGGUUAUACAGAUCACGGAAAGAGAAAAUUGUGAAUGUAUAAUGUGAUGAGAGGAAUCCAACUCAGGGAAGCAACAGAGAUCUGUUUUUCAUUAACAAGCCAUUCUUGCAAUUUAUGUUUUAAUAUGACAAUAGUCAUACUUUUACUAAUCAGAAAAUAAAAAAUAUAUAACUGUUAAACACAAUUUCUAUGGUUUUAUUAAAAAAGUUUUAUUUUAGGGGGUUACAUACAGUAUUUUUUGCACAAUGAUCAUUAAAUAUGUCUUACUGUUUUGUUAUUAAAAUAAACAGUUCGGUAAAACAACUUAUUGCAUUAAACAUUUCAUAAUAAUAGUUUGACAAUACUGAAUAUUCUAACAUCAAAGAAAACUUCAGAUCAUGCUUGCUUCUGUCAUGGUAACUAAACUGCUGAAAAACUCAACAGAUGUUGGCAAAGAUCUCCUGUAAAACAGUUUGUGCAAUUUUGUUUUUUCGUUAAAAAAAUAUUUACUGUAAGAAAUAAUAAACAACUAUUAGGUAUGUUCA